AUGUCUGGGCCUAGGACGCGGCUGCUCUCUCAAAAGGAGGUUCCUUCUGUAGCGGCCCUUCUACAAAGCGCUGGAGGAGUCGCUGUUGGCCCUAUCCUGAAUGCUACCAAGUUGAGGGCUCUUCUUCUGGCUGACGGCAAUUCAGCCCGGAAAUGGAAAGCCUUAGAUCUUUCGAACUGUAACAUCAGGAAGAUAGAGCUUUCUUUAGGCGAAGUUGCGGCUCUAGAUUUCGAAUGCCUGACGCAACUUGACAUGAAUGGCAACCUGCUCGUCUCGCUGGAUGGUCAUUCGCUACCGUUUCCCCAUCUGCAAGCACUGCGAGCGAGCAACUGCCGCAUCAACACCAUCACUAACUUUGGCUCCCACUUCCGGCUUCGCCAGUUGGACAUUAGCGGCAACCAGCUAACAAACGUAAUAAAUCUUUCCAAUACUCCUCUGCGUUUUACGCUUCGUGAGCUGAAUUUAGCUAGGAACAAAAUAAGCGAAUUCAAAGGCCUCGCUCCUUUGAGCACAUUCGAGUCCCUCGAGGUCUUGGAUUUACGGCAAAACCCUCUAUGCAAUUUUGGCAACGUUGCUGAGGGUUUUGCGCUAGUUUGUUGCGCAAAUCUUCGCCAGCUUAACGGCCACACAGUCUCACCAGAAGUGAGGGAGGCAGUAGACGCCUGGGCGGCGCAUGAAGCGUGCGGCCGCGCCACCGUGGCAACUGUGGAAGCUUUCCGGGAAACGCUUCAACAUCCAGAUGGACCUGCACUUCUGUGCUCAACAAGUCACCAGCCGAUGAAGGGACGCUUGAACAGAAUGCGACGGGCUAGGGGCGGAGCCGAGUUGCCAUAUACCAGCACAGUGGAUGCUUCCGUGAGUUCGGAUGCCGAUGUUUGUGAUUACGCAUGCCUCAAGGGGCAUGCACUGAAGGCGGAGGAUCGUCGGCAUUUCCACUCGUAUUCUUGCUUACAUUCGGAGUCCAACCAAGGGUUGCGCACCGUCAUGAAGCGAGCUGUUUCGCCUACAGCGCAUACAUGUGCGGACACAGCACGGAAAAUACCAGUUAGUGUUGGUUAUUCUUCGUCCGACGCGCAUACACCUGCAGCAAGUUGCCCUACCCAGCAUUGCGAGGGUACUACAGAGGAGUGUCAAGCAGGUACUGCCGGGGACUGCAAACAACGGAUUACGGAGUGCCCUUGGUGA